AUGAUCGCCAUAGCUGGGACCAUAGGUACAGGAUUAUUUCUGGGGACUGGGAGAUCGCUAGCGCAAGGUGGACCGGCGAGCAUGGUCAUAUGCUAUGGAAUUGUCGGGGCUGUUGUUUAUGUUACGCUACUGUUACUUGGGGAGAUGGCUACCCAGUAUCCUGUCGCUGGUUCUUUCAACGCGUAUGCUACGCGUUUCUUUUCUCCUGCCUAUGGUUUUGCCCUUUCGUGGAACUACUGGUUCAAUGACGCCGUAUCUGUCGCGUCGGAUUUGACUGCUGCACAGCUUGUUCUCCAGUUCUGGACGACCUGGAAUCCGUGGAUGAUCAGUCUAGUGUUCUGGGUUUUCCUGGUUGGCGUGAACGCAGCGCAUGUGAAGGUGUACGGAGAGUUGGAAUACUGGCUCUCUUCACUCAAGAUCACUGCUGUAGUGGUUUUCAUAAUCGUUGGAAUAUUUGUCAACGUCGGCUUCAAUCGCGAUCACGAGUUUAUUGGCACUAAGUACUGGAACACGGCCGGAGGUCCAUUUGUGGGCGGAUUUGCCGGAUUCGCGCGCGUGUUCGUGACGGCGAGCUUCGCUUAUGGCGGAACAGAGAGCCUGGGCAUCACCGCGGGUGAGACAAAGAAUCCAUCACGGAACAUGCCACGUGUUGUUAAAUUCGUCUUCUGGAGGAUUUUGUUGUUCUACAUUCUGAGUAUCGCCUUGAUUGGGCUGAACAUUCCAUGGAACUAUCCGGGGCUGUCCAACACGACUACUACAACGUCACCCUUUACCAUCGUGUUCAGGGAGGCCGGCUCUAAUGUUGCCGCGUCUUUCAUGAAUACUGUCAUCCUUACAUCAGUCCUGUCCGCUGGCAACCACGCGCUUUUCGCUGGUUCCCGUGUUCUUUAUGGUCUCUCGGUCAUCAGUCCGGCAGCGCAAGCUCCGCGGAUAUUCUCGUGGACGACAGAGGCAGGUGUUCCUUUACCUGCGCUCCUAGCCACUAGCAGCGUGAGCGUCUUGUGCUUCGGCACUAGCUUCAUCGGCAGUGGGCAACUAUGGGGUUGGUUGCAAAAUAUCGUUGGCGUUUCGAAUCAGAUAGCAUGGUUAUCGAUAGGACUGGCAAGCUGGAGAUUUAGACAAGCGUGGAUUCAGCAGGGUCGCUCGUUGGAGGAACUGAAGUUCAGGGCCUCGUGGACAUGGCCUUGGGGGCCGCCGUUCGUGGUGGUGACUGUUACAGCUUUGAUUCUCAUCCAAGGCUGGUCCUCCGUGAUACCCCAUUUUUCUGCGGUCGACUUUGUCUCUUUCUACGUGGAGUUGCCCGUGAUGGUAGCCAUGUAUGUCGGAUGGCUACUCGCAAGUGGGUCCCUCUUCAGGCCACAGGAAGAAGUCUCCUUGUCCCUACCGCCGACAGCUUCAACACCUCUUUUAUAUCCUUCCAAAUUGCGUCAACGAUGGCGAUACCAUGAUCUUGUCGAUACCCAGACCGUCGACCUGAGAAGGGACGAACAUAAGGAAGAGGAUGAAGACAGGGCGGACGACGAAGAGCGCGAACAUAGGCUCAAGGGACAAGUUGGGCUGCUGUGGAGGCUGUAUUACAUGGUGUAG